AUGUCGUUAAGGUCGCCGAGGUCGCCCCAUAACAAGGGCUUCCUUCCCAUCUCGGGCGAGUCGACGGCGACCGAGAUGCAGGAUAUUCCCCUGCGCACCAUCAAGUCUAAUGCGAGCUCAACCGGCUCCCGGAGAGUCAAUACCGAGCGCAUGGAUGAGAAACAUGCCCUCUUCGACAAGGCCGUUGGUGGCCCAGCGGGCAGGAGGCGCAUCCAGAACGACCUGCAGCGCUCCGGCUCUGGUCUAUCUGAGGAUACCUCGCUGAACGCCAUGGGCCGCUUCUACACCAAGAUCAUCGGCUUCUCCGCCAUCAUGCGCUAUCUCGUUUACGUCGUCCCCGUCGCCAUUCUACUUGCCGUCCCCAUUAUUGUUCUCCCGCUUACAGGAGACAAGGACCGCGUCAAAUUGGGCAGCGGAGAGCGUCACAGCCUGUUCUUGCUGUUUCUCUGGAUUGAGAUAUCAUGGCUCACACUUUGGGCGGGGAAGCUGGUCGCCCACGUCCUGCCGUUCGUCUUCAUGUUUCUGAGCGGCGUGGUCAGUUCCGGCACGAGAAAGUACGCCACCGUGAUACGCGCCCUCGAAAUCCCGCUCUCGCUCUUCUUCUGGGGCCUCGCCUCCUGGCUUUCCUUCAAGUUCAUGUGGGAUGGUGCCAACAGGCAGUGGUCGGACGUUAUUGUGCGCAUUUUGCUGUCGCUCUUUAUCUCGUCGGCGGUCCUCCUAGGCGAGAAGUUCCUGGUGCAGCUCAUCAGCAUCAGUUACCACCAGCGAUCUUUUGCGAACCGCAUCCAGGACUCCAAGCGCGACAUCUUCCUUCUAGGUCUCAUGUAUGAGGCCUCUCGGACCCUCUUCCCCAUGUACUGCCCCGAGUUUGAAGACGAGGACAUUAUCAUCGCCGACAGUAUCGAGGUCAUGCUUGCCCGCGGCAAGGGCGGCGGCAAGCAAGGGCCCGCCGCAAUGAGGAUCGUUGGCGAUGUCGGCCGUUUGGGUGACAAAAUUACGUCUGUGUUCGGUAACAUCGCUUCUGAAAUCACGGGGAAGCAAGUUUUCAACCCUAAUUCCGCCCACUCGGUCGUGGUCGAAGCGCUCGAGAAGGUCCGCAGCUCUGAGGCUAUGGCUCGUCGCCUCUGGAUGUCGUUUGUCGUCGAGGGUCAAGAGGCGCUUUCUCUAGAUGAUAUUAUCGAGGUCAUGGGUCCCGCCCACCGCGAAGAGGCCACAGAGUGUUUCAACGCCAUCGAUGCCGACCAGAAUGGCGAUAUCAGCCUGGACGAAAUGAUCCGCAAGGUCGUCGAGAUCGGAAAGGAGCGGAAGGCCAUCGGUCACAGCAUGAAGGAUAUCGGCCAGGCGCUCGCGGUUUUUGAUAAGGUCCUUCUCUUCGUCGUUCUGAUCGUCGUUAUUAUCAUUUUCUUGGCCGUCUUCCAGAGCAGCUUCAUUGCCACCCUUACUACGGCUGGUACCACGCUUCUCUCGCUGUCCUUCGUCUUCGCCGUCACUACGCAAGAGUUUUUGGGUUCCUGCAUCUUCCUUUUUGUCAAGCACCCAUACGAUGUCGGGGACCGUGUAGAUAUCACUGGCCCUGAGAAGGAACAGUUGAUCGUCGAGAAGAUCUCUCUCCUCUACACCCUAACCAGUCAGGUCCCCAACAUUGUGUUAAACAAUGCGUGGGUUGAGAACGUGACGCGGAGCAAGGCCAUGAAGGAGGUCAUUGACGUCAAUGUCGCCUUUGACACGUCGUUCGAGGAUAUCGAGUUGCUGCGCCUCGAGCUCGAGCAGUUUGUGCGGUCGCCGGACAACAGCCGCGACUUUCAACCAGAUAUUGCCAUUGGUGUCGGCGGCGUCGGCGACUGCGACAAGCUCACUCUCAAGAUCGCCAUCAAGCACAAGUCCAACUGGCACAACGACGCCGUUCGAGCCACGCGCCGCUCCAAAUUCCUGUGUGCUCUUACUCUCGCUCUCAGGCGCGUGCCCAUCAACGGCCCGGGGGGUGGCGGCGAUGCUCUCGGCGGACCCGCCAACCCAUCAUACAGCGUCGCUGUCACGGAUACCUUCGCUGCCGAGGCCCGCGCCAAAUCUGAGCAAGAUAAGGCGGCCAAGAAGCUGGCGAACCAAACUGCUGAGGAGACUGCUAACGCUGACUCGACCGAGCAACGAGCAGCCGAUAACAUUAACACGUCUAAUCCCGUGGUUGAAGCGCUCGAUGACUGGGGUUAUGACAACACCCUCGCCAGCCGUGAUCCCUCGGCCGACCGUCUCCGUCACGGGGAUUCCGCUGCUGCGGCCACCGUAUCACGCUCCGACACCGUCGGCGGCGUGAGCACCCGUGAAUCCCAGCGCGGGCGCCGCAGAGCUGGCGAGACGGCCCCUCCACAUUCUCUGGGCGACGACCCGAACAUGCCAGCUGUCCAUCUGACACGCACGUCCACGUCGACCCGCCCGGACAACCACUCGUUCGACGUGGAGAGGCAGGCAGGCAUUCCGCCCCCGGUGGGGUCGCCGUACAACACUUGGUCCGCGUACAACGCGCAGGCGCCUAGUCCGGUCGCCAGUGACACUGGUGUACCCCACCCACAGGGUGUAUACGGGGGUCCUCCCCCGCCGGCCAGCGGGACCACGCAUCUAGCUGUCCAGCAACCGGGAGCACACCCUCAAGGCGCAGCGUCCGGGAGGCCACUGGUUGGCGCGAGGCAUAGAGGGUCGAGCGUUAGCCAGCCGCAACAAGGCGGCCCUGCCCAGGGGCAGCCUGGGCCUUCAGGACCCUCGGGUAGGAUUUAA